CACGCUGAAAAUACUUAGGAUGGUGUCAAAGUAUUCAUGGGAAGCGAAGGCUGUGUUGUCCCUGGCGGCUUUUUCUUUGGAAUAUGGAGAGUUCUGGCUGAGUGCCCAGCAUCAACAAUCUGAGCAACUUGCCAAGUCUGUGGCAUUCCUUAAGGGAGUGCCAAUCCUUCUGAAGCCCGAAAACUUCAAGCAACGCGGCAGAGCUGUCACUGAUCUCAGCAAUGUGAUCAUGUCCACGUUGCAAGUGAUUGAUUGCAUCUUUCAAUUGGAGAAGCUUUCCAUCACUUAUAAUGAUGCAAAGGAGUUGAGAGAAACUUUGGCAAAUGCAAGGAAAGAUAUCUCGGUGAAUGUCUUUUGGUGUAUCAUUACAACUGUAGCUUGCGCCACUAACAUCACCCUCCUUACUAGUGAUGAGGGGAACUCACACGACCUUGUCCAGUAUGCUCAGAAGAUCACAAUCAUCCUCAAUAAACUUAAGCAACAGCUUAAGAUCUGCAAAGAGGAAAUAGAGAAGUUACAGACCUACAUGAAGCUCAAACAACUCUUCCAAAUUCCUACUGAGAUUAUGGAGGUUAUGAAGAUCCUAAUCUUUUUCAAGCAUAAUGCGGAGACAACCAUUUUCGAUGGUUCCACUAAGAAACUGGUUGACAUCGACAAUCUAAGGACGAAGAAUGUGUUGUUGUUCAUUUCGAGCCUAGAGAUAUCUGAGGAUUAUAUUGCUCGUCUCAGACCCAUAUAUGAUUUUACGAAGGAUAAUAAUGAGUAUAAGAUUGUUUGGAUUCCUAUAGUGGAGAAGUGGACUAAAGAUCUGCAACACAAGUUUGAGACCCUGCAGGCUAAGAUGCCAUGGUACACAGUAGGCAAGGCUGGUGCCCACAUUGCAGGCAUCAAGUACAUCAAGGAGGAUUGGAACUUCAAUGGUAAGCCUAUGCUGGUUGUGUUGAACACAAAGAGUCAGCUCCAACAUUACAACGCUCUGCGCAUGAUUUGGAUAUGGGGAUGCCAAGCCUUUCCUUUCACACAGGAAAAAGAAAAACAGCUCUUACUUUCUCUCCAAGAUACAUGGUUUUCCGCGUUAAUAGAUGGCAUUAACACUAAGUUAUUCAAAUGGAUGAAAGACGAUUACAUUUUCUUCUAUGGAGGGGAUUCAGUGUGGACGAAUCAGUUCAAGGAGAAAGCAACUGCCCUUAUAAAUGAUGAAAUCAUAAAAGAAUCAAAGAUUUCUAUUGAGUUAUAUCUUGUGGAGAAGAACGCAAAUAAUGAUGGAGGGGAUGACCGCUUUAGCACCUUCUGGUCCGCCAUAGAAACCAUGUUCCAUAUCAAGGUUAUCAGUAAGCAGAUUGACGACGUGGUAAAACAAGUUCAGAAGCUUCUUUCCUACAAAGAUGACAAGAGUGGAUGGGCUGUGCUCAUCCAAGGCCGUAAGCUUGUGGCCAUUGGUGCUGGUUCGACAAUGUAUACUGUUCUCGACCAAUACCACACGUGGAAUCAGCAAGAAACACUAACAAUAGAAAACUUUGGACAAGUUUUUAAUCAACAGCAUGGGACGGCGGUUAAAGAAACUGGUCACGUCUGCAGCUGCUUUAGCAUCCCAGGUGCAACUGGAAGCACCCUAGAGGCUAUGGUAUGCUACGAGUGUGGCAAUGUCAUGGAGGCAUUCUUCAGCUAUAAGUGCUGCCAUGACAAGAAGAAGGCGCCUUUGAUCACCUAAUAAUUCAUAAUGCGCCACGCAACUACGAUCGAGGUUCCAGAGGGUUAAGGAAUGCAUGUCUUUUUCGCAUUUUAGUUCGUGUCUUUAUUUGAUAAAAUAAUGGGCAACAAUAUUAUGUUGGUAAUGUGAUUGUGAUGCCCACCGAUGUUUGUUUCUGUUUCAACUACUGCAAUGUUAUUGUGUUCUUCUUUCAGUAAUGUUAUGCUUCUGAAAAUUUU